AUGGCGGACGCCAACCGUGGCGUCACCGCCGCUGGAAGCCCAAGGGGGCCCAGCAAACCGGCCGGGUGCCCGUCGCUGACGGGCAGGGCCGGGAGGGGGGUUUUUGGGAGGGGGGGGACCCAUCCCAGCCAUGGUGCUGGGGGGUCGGGGCGGCUCGUUGAGGGAGUCGCAGAGGCCGAGACGUUUCGUCGAGGCAGGGAGCUGAGGUGGGAGCAGCUCGGGGAGCAAAGAAGGAGUGCAGUGCCUCCUUCCCCCACUGCAAAGGAGGAUGGUCAUUCCCUCCAGGCGGAUGGACAUUCCCGCCCCCCCUCAAAGGAGGAUGGACAUUCCCUCCUGGCGGACGGUCAUUCCCGCCAAACCGGUGUCCCCAUCCCAGCCUUUUCGGAGGCUGGGAUCUCGAAGAACUCGCGGAUGGAUUCCGCUUAUGCGGAGUUCAUCCGCGAGUUCUUCGAGGACACCAGGACCAAGCCUCGGGACGAGACUUGGAUCCACCCAAGGUUCCGACGGAACCUUCCAGUCCCACCCGCCGAGCCCGUCGACGCUGCCGUCCCAUAUAAUAAGGCAGAAGAGGAGGAGGCCCAACGAUCGGCGAGGGGACUUAAUCCGUCCGCCAAGCCGUUCGUCCCGGGGCAGUAUGGCUCCAUCCCACCGCCGGCUCCUUUGUCCCCUGAGGUCAGGGGAAGGCCCAAGUUUGGGCACCACCAAGAGGGUGUCUCCGGACACCCCGCCUACCGACAGAGGCAGGCCAUUGACAAGAGCGAGUACAAGUUUUCCCCACAUGCACGAAACUUCGUACCCUCUCGAGAAUUGCCAGUCGGGAACGGUGAACCCGAACAAGCCGGGGAGGAGCUCGCCAAGGUCGAGCAAAAGGCCAGGAAGAAGGUCGAGGGGGGCGCUGCAGCUACGAAGGGUGAACCUUUCAAGAGCUGCACCCUCUACAUACUCCAUCACGCCUACGAUGUGGGAGCGGAGUAUGAGGAUGUUCACCAGGUCUAUGCUCGCAGAUACGGUGGGGAAGAGAAGGCAGCUGAGGAAGUCAUCAAGGCCGUCCUGAAGGAUGCUAAAUACUUACUCGCCGAGAAAUACGAGGAAAGUGAUAUGGUCGCCGGAGGAAUUGGUGGGUCUGGCAUUCUCAAGCACAAAAAGCUCAACGAGAAGAUGAAGAAGCUCUUGAAUGAGUUCCUGACUGAAGCAAAGAGAUUCUUCCCCCGUCGAGUUAACCAAGUCACGCUGGGUCUUCGCGAACAAGCCGAUUGGCAGGCAAUUCAAAAGCGAGAUAUAAAAUUUAGUCAAGCUGAGAAAUGCACCGAUAUUGAGAUCGAGAUCAUGGAAGCGGGACUUUCUACCCUCGAGAAUACCGGCAGGUACAAGAAGAAGGAGGAAAAAAUUCGUGGCAUCCAGGGCCUUCAUCAACAUCUCAAGGAGCUCCGGGAACGACAAUCUAAGCUUAGACGAGAAACUAAGAAGAUUCUCGAUGAGAUGACUAGACAAAGGGCUGCCAUGUUUGUUAGGUGCUCUAGCAACUCAGGUAUUGUCACCGGAUCUACCAUGACCUACGUUGACGAAGCUGGGGAGCAGAUGACGAGCUUGCUCAAGAAGUAUCGUGCAAAGCCAAAUGAGCAACAGAACCAACUGGACCUUGAAGCAAUUGUUGAGACUGCUAUGAAAGGUCCUGGUGCUCUUACCUUGGGACUGAUCGAUAGUGAAGAUGACGAUGGCGGUGUCAAGCUUUCUCCUGACGAAGCCAGGAGCUGGUGGUGA